AUGCCUAAAGAUAUCCCCAACCCUGAGGGCUACCCCAUUCUGGGCAACGUCCUUCAGGUCGAUGCUGAGCAUCCCCAUGACAGCUUGGCCCGGUUUGCCGAGAUAUACGGGCCUAUAUUCAGGCUCCGUCUUCCGCGUGAGCGCAUCUUCGUCGCAAACUAUGCUCUGGCACGCGACCUCUUCGACGAGAAGAAGUUCCAGAAAUCCGUGUCCGGCCCCUUGGAGCAGGUCCGGAACGCCACCAGCGAUGGCCUCUUCACGGCCUAUCCAGGCGAGCACAGCUGGGAGGUUGCGCACCGCACGCUGAUGCCUGCCUUUGGGCCUCUCUCAAUCAGGUCCAUGUUUGGGGAGAUGCAGGACAUUGUAUCCCAGCUCGUGCUCAAAUGGGCCCGGUUCGGUCCAGACUCGCCUAUUGAUGUGUCUGACGAUUUCACCAAGCUCACGCUCGACUCCAUUGCCUUAUGCGCCAUGGGUGAUCGGUUUAAUUCGUUCUAUCGUGACGAAGCGCACCCCUUCGUCAAGGCCAUGACGGGCAUGCUCGCCGAGUCCUUUGCAAGAUCCAGACGUCCUAACAUCGUCGGGGCCUUCUACAAAGAGAGCAACCAGCAAUACCGUGCCAACAUUGCCGCCUUGGAGAAUGUAGCAAGAGGCCUUCUCGAAGAACGACGCGCCCACCCCUCCGACAAGAAGGACUUGCUCAACGCCAUGAUUGCCGGCAAGGACCCCAAAACUGGAGAACAGCUUAGCGAUGACUCCAUCAUACGCAACAUGAUUACGUUUCUAAUUGCCGGGCACGAAACCACUUCUGGACUCUUGUCCUUCCUCUUCUACGAAUUGCUCGAGAACCCCGAGGCGCUCAAGCAGGCAGUCGAUGAGCUCCCGUACCUUGAGGCGUGCCUCCGAGAGACUCUUCGGCUGCACCCAACCGCCCCAGCAUUCACUCUCGAGGCAAAAGGCGACCAAGUCCUCAACGGCGAGUUUCUCGUCAAGGACAAGGAAUGCGUAAACGUUCUUCUCACCCGUGUUCAUCGGGAUCCCGACGUCUAUGGCCCCAACGCCGAUGCGUUUGAGCCCUCGCGAAUGCUUGGCGAGAAUUUCGAGAAGCUGCCUCCGAAUGCUUGGAAGCCGUUUGGGAAUGGCGUUCGAGCGUGCAUUGGUCGACCGUUUGCAUGGCAGGAGUCGCUCCUUACUGUAGCAACGCUGCUGCAGACGUUUCGCUUCACCAAAGACAGCCAUUAUCAGCUCCAGAUCCGAACCGCCCUGACAAUCAAGCCACAAGGCUUCUACAUUCGUGCUCGACCUCGUGAUCCGGAGUUGCUGGAGCACAUCGGUGUCGGGGCCAAGGUUCCUUCAUCAGACAGCGCUGCCAAGCCGGCAGCGCCCACAGCAAGCGUCGCCCCCAAGGAUUUGUCGCCGCUCUUGAUCUUGUACGGGUCAAACACGGGAACAUGUGAAGCCCUUGCGCAGUCUCUGGCCUCUUCCGCCGAGCAGCACGGCUUCUCGCCGGAAGUCAAGACCAUGGAUAGCGUGACCUCGUCGCUGACAUCCAAAGCUCCCAUCGUGGUCGUCACGGCGAGCUAUGAAGGGGAGCCGCCUGAUAAUGCCGCGCAUUUUGUCCAAUGGCUGAAGUCGGCUUCCAAGGAAGAAGUUUCCGGCGUUCGUUACGCCGUGUUCGGCGUUGGCAAUAAGGAGUGGCAUGCCACAUACCAAAAGAUUCCGAUCGUGGUUGACGAAACCCUCGCAAAUGCCGGCGCCAGCCGCAUCGUCCCACGAUAUGCGGCCAACGUCGCCCAAGGAAACAUCUUCGACGCCUUUGACGAAUGGCAGGACAAGGAGAUAUGGCCAGCACUGGGCAAGCUGUUUGGUAAAGCAGCAGGCGGCGGAGACGGUGCCAAUGACGCCCCCAAGGAGCUCACGCUCGAGAUCGGUGUCCAGACCCGAUCAAAACUACUCCGUCAGGAUGUAGUCACGGCGGAAGUCUGCGAGUCGCGUCUGUUGACGCAGCCCGGGGCUCCCAGGAAACGUCAUAUCGGCAUUCGCCUCCCGUCCGGCACCUCUUACCGCGCCGGGGAUUACCUGGCGGUUCUCCCACUCAAUCCCCAGGACAAUGUUCUUCGCGUUAUGAAGAGAUUCGGACUGCCCUGGGAUGCUACAAUCACCAUCGAUCCCACAAAGGCCACAUCGCUGCCGACAGGACAGGCCAUCAGCGUGCACGACGUGCUCUCUGGGAUGGUUGAACUCAGCCAACCUGUGACGGGGCGCAUGACAGCUGCUCUGGCAAAACUGAUCCCGGAAGAGAACUUGGCCAAAGAACUCGAGGGCCGCGCUGCCAAGGAAGACUUCCAGAAGUCUAAUGUCACUCUUCUCGACAUUCUCGAGGAGUAUCCUUCGGCGGCCUUCUCCCUUGGACAGUACCUGGCGGCUGUGCCACCGAUGCGUGUGCGCCAAUACAGCAUCUCGUCGACGCCAUUGGCCAACCCGUCCGAGUGCUCGCUCACCUAUACCGUGAUAGACGCACCAUCGAAAGGCAGUCGAUUGGGGCACCGUUUCCUCGGCGUCGCAAGCACAUACCUCGAACGCCUCAACAGCGGCGACCAUCUCCAGGUCAGCCUGAGGCCGAGCCGGAGCGGCUUCCAUCUGCCGGCUGACGACGCCUGCCCCAUCAUCAUGGCCUGUGCGGGCACCGGCCUGGCCCCUUUCCACGCCUUCGUGGCCGAGCGUGCGCUCAAGAAGAGCGGUGGGCGUGAAGUUGGCCCAGCCCUCCUGUUCUACGGCUGCAACGGACCGGACGAGGACGACCUGUACCGAGACGAGUUCGAGGCGUGGGAGAAGGAAGGCGUCGUCAGCGUCCGGCGUGCCUACACGUGCAAGCCAGAGGCGGCAGAGAACUGCAAGUUUGUACAGGACCGAGUCUUGGUUGACAAGAAGGCGGUUGUGGACCUCUUCUCCAAAGGCGCCCAGGUCUACAUUUGCGGCGCCGGCAUCGUGGGGUCUGGGCUUGAGAAGGCGUUUGCGCAGAUUCGGGCAGAAUCAGCCGGUUGCGACGAGGAGAGUGCGCUCAAGUGGGUGCAGGACAGGAAAGGCGACCGCUACUGGGCAGAUGUGUUUGCUUAG